AUGGAGGGACCGGUCUCUAGCGAGCGGACGACGACCCUCGUCACUGUGGUGGUAGUCAUCAUCAUCGAAUAUAGGUACUUUUCCAACAUCGGCGUCAUCCUCCUCAACAAGUAUCUGCUCAGCAUAUUCAAUUUCAGGUACCCCAUUUUCUUGACACUGUGCCACAUGGUGGCCUGCAGCCUGCUGGGCGGCGCACUGGCCGCCAGCCGCCUCAUCCCCGUGCAGCCCAUCGCCUCCCGGCCCCAGAUGGCCAAGAUCACGCUGCUGGCCGCCAUCUUCUGCUUCACCGUCGUGCUGGGCAACGUCAGCCUGAAAACCAUCCCUGUGUCCUUCAACCAGGCCAUCGGCGCGACCACGCCCGCCUUCACCGCUGCGCUGAGCGUGCUCAUGCUGAGUCAGCGUGAGCCGCGCGCGGUCUACCUCUCCCUCGUCCCGGUGGUGGUGGGCAUCGUGAUCGCGUCGGGCGCGGAGCCAAGCUUUGAGAUCGUGGGCUUCCUGGCUUGCGUCACCGCCACCGCCGGCCGCGCGCUCAAGUCUGUGCUGCAGAGCAUCAUGCUGGACGACCUCGCCGACCGCAUGGACUCCAUGAGCCUCCUACUGUACAUGGCCCCCAUCGCCGUUGUGCUCCUCGUCCCCGUCACGGCCACGGCAGAGGCGGGGGCCCUGCAGGCAGCGCUCGUCAUGGGCAGGCAGCCAGGCUUCUGGAUGCUGCUCAUCCUGAACAGCGGGAUGGCGUACUUUGUCAACCUCACCAACUUCCUGGUCACAAAGUACACCUCGGCGCUCACGCUUCAGGUGCUGGGGAACGCCAAGGGCGUGGUGGCCGUCGUCACCUCCGUCCUCUACUUCCAGAACCCCGUGAACGCCAUGAGUGCGCUGGGCUACACCAUCACCGUGGCCGGGGUCGUGGCCUACUCUCAGGCCAAGAAGCGCACACGGAAGGUGGCGUCCGUGCCAAAGCAUGCUGCGCAGGAGCAUGCGGUGCAGAUCAAGAUCGACGUGCAUGCGGAGUCUGAGAGCCCUACAUCCAGGCUGCAGAGGACGCAAGGGGUGGGAGCGAGGGACGCCUCCAUCCCGGUCCUGCUCGUACACCAGACGCCCAAGGACAUGUGA